UUAAAUUCCUUGAUUAAUCAUCAUCAUCAUCAUCAUAGGAAGCAUAAUACUAAUAAUCAUCAUAAUGAUCAUAUAACACGAAGCCAUCAAAUGGCACAAUCGACAAUAAUAAUAAUGAACAAUAAAUAUCAACAACGACAAAGAAAUCGGAUAACGAAAAGAACAAUGUCGACAACAAAUCGACAAAAUACUUUUGAUUUUUCAUGUUUUUUAUCACAACAACAACAACAACAAUUGCCAUCAAUUUCGACAAGAAAAAAUUUCCAGUCAAAUGUGUCAUUUGUGUUAUUAUUCUUAUUGAUGAUCAUAUUGAAUCAAUUCAAUGUGGCCAUUUCUUUAUCCAGUCAUUAUUAUCAUCAUCAUGAUCAGUCAUCAUCAUCAUCAUCAUCAUUGGAUGAUGUUGUCGCCAAUAAUUAUCAUGUCGACCAAGGAAUGGCCGAAGAAGUAGUGGCCGUACCACAUGAUGCCUAUGUAGGUUAUGAAGUAUUGAGGCUAAAAUUCACAUCGAAACCUCGUUAUGAUGUCUCUUUAACGUUGUCUGAAGAUGAUAAUUUAGAUGGUAGUAAUAGUCAUUAUCAUGAUGGACAAAUAAAAAAUCAAGAGACUACCAUUACCACUAAUAACAUCGUUGAACCACAUAUCGAACCAAGAUUCCGUUUGUUAGCCGAAUCCGAUACGGAUCUGAAUCUGGUUUCUAUAUUUGCAUCCGAUUCUGAAGAUCUCGAACGUCAUGUUUAUGAAAUGGUCUCAUCAUCAUCCUCAUCACCAUCUUCUUCAUUGGUUAUGAAUGAUGAUGAUUACGAUUCAUCUACACCAUCAUCCAAGUCACAUUUUACAUUACUAUCUGACGGAUUAUUGAUGACAACUAGAGAUCUAACCGAUCUGGUUAAUAAACCAGUAUUUUUGGCUGUACGGGAAGAUGCAUCACCAUUCUAUGUUCGUGACCGUGUAUUCCGUAUAAAUGUUUACAACAAUACUCGUGUGAGCAAAGUUCGUUUCAACCAACCAUCCGCAAUCGGACAUAUACGAGAAAAUGCACCUGGUUCAACAGUGGUCGAAGGUCUUGAAACAUUGCGAUUGAUUGAUGGUGAAAAUUUGGUCAAUGAUGGAACCGUUUUGUUUACAUUGAUUGAAAAUGAUUAUGAUACAGGCAGCAAUAAUAAUAAUAACAACAACAACGAUGACGACGACGAUGAUGAUGAUAUCCGAAUAAAACGACGUCAUGGAAAUAAUCAACAAUCACAACAAUAUGAAUCAUCAUUUCGUUUGGUCAAUUUAACAUCGAUAUCGAUUGUGUCCACUCGAUCAUUAGAUCGCGAAAUCAAGCCAUACUAUGAUUAUAUCCUUUCAGCUCGUUCGACUGACAAUAAUUUUUUCGCUCAAGUUCCUUUACGAAUCUUGAUCGACGAUGAAAAUGACAAUGUACCAAUUUUUGAACGAUCAUUAUAUGAAUUUUAUAUUGCCCAUGAUACACCAUUAUAUUCAAUGAUUGGCAAUGUAACAGCAACCGAUUUGGAUGAAACCGAUUCAGUCGUAUAUCAUCUAACUGAAAGGCAUCCUAAUUUUGUUAUUGUACCGAAAACUGGACAAUUAAUGUUGAUUAAACAUGCUCAACACAUCCCUCAACGUUAUGAAUUUGAAGUUUAUGCUACGGAUGAUCGACGACCAGCACAUGAACGUCGUUCAUCACAAUCAGUUCCUGUCAUUGUUGAAAUUUAUCGUGAAGAUACAUAUAACAAUGAGGAUAUCAACAUUGAUAGUGAAGAUGAUUCUAAAAGCAUAAGUAAUGAUAGUCAAAGUGAAGAAAUUAAUAAUAAUAUCAUUAACAAUGAUUCAGAAUCUGAUUCCGAAUCAGAAUUUUCUCAACAAGAUGAAGUUGGUAUCAGCAAAGAUGAUUCUAUUGCUCGUGCUCGUGCUAAACGUGAAAUUCGUCAUACAAAAACCUAUGAAUUUAAAGAAUCAGAUGGUUCUACACCCGGAAUGGUUGUUUUUCAAUUAGAUCGUCGAACGCCGAAUGAAAAAUUUCGUCUCGAAACUCCGAAUAAAUGGGUAACAGUAGAUCCUAAUGGAGCAGUUAAAGUGAAAGAACCAUGGGACUAUGAACAAUUGGGCAAAGAUAAAACUAUCGAUUUUUGGGUUAUUUCAUCCUUAGAAAAUGGUGACAAAGAUGAUGUUGUUCGACAACGAAUAAUCACCCAUAUAAAAGAUGUGAAUGAUGAAAAACCUUAUUUCAUAAAUCGUCCUUUACCAAUGCAAGCUGUUGUUCAAUUGAAUGCAAAACCGGGCGAGUCAGUAUAUAAACUACAAGCUCGUGAUCCUGAUACUGAUCAUAAUAUACACUAUUUUCUGGUUCGUGAUCGAACUGGUGGUCGUUUUGAGGUCGAUGAACGAACUGGUGAAGUUCGUGUCAAAAGCUAUGAACCAUUCAUGUUGGACAAAGAAUAUGUCAUCUACGUCAAAGCUGAAGAUCACAAUGGUCCUACUGGCGAUCGUACAUUUCAAUCGACAGAAGAAGCACGUCUAUCAAUCAUGGGCGGGAAACGAGCACCACAAUUUUAUAUGCCUCAUUAUGAAACCACUAUACCGGAGAAUCAACGAAAAGAUUCGGACAUCAUUGAGGUUAAAGCUAAAUCUUUUGCUGAACGGCAAAUUCGUUAUACUUUGAAAACACAAGGAAGUGCUGGAUCCGGAACGUUCAAUAUUGAACCAACUAGCGGUAUUGUUAAACUUGCUAAAGAACUAGAUUAUGAGGAACUUCGUCAGCCCAAAACUUAUAAUCUAAUUGUGACUGCAACUGAAGAUUCUGGUGGAUUUUCUACAUCAGUCGAAUUGACUAUCAAAGUUACCGAUGUAAAUGACAAUGCACCACGAUUUGAAUUGCCCGACUAUCAAGCUCAUAAUAUUGAUGAAGAUAUUAAUAUUGGUACAUCAAUAUUACAAGUGUCGGCCACUGAUCAAGAUACAGGAAAGAAUGCUGAAAUUGUUUACACAGUCGAUCGAGAUGAUUUUGUUAUCGACUCAAAAGGCAUUAUCAGAUCCAACAAAAGACUAGACGCCGAUUUGAACAAUACAUAUGUGUUUACAGUACGUGCAACCGAUAAAGGUGAUCCACCUCUAACUGGUACGGCAACUGUUCGUGUUUACACAGAGAAUAAAAACGAUGAAUCACCGAAAUUCUCACAAGAUGUAUAUACGCCAAAUGUUGAUGAAAAUGCUGGACCUGAUACCUUGGUCACAACAGUUGUGGCCAGUGACAAAGAUGGUGAUGGUAUAUUGUUUGGAUUCGUUGGUGGUGGUACCACUUCCGGCAUGUUUACUAUCGAAGAACGAACUGGUGUCAUUCGUUUGACUUCAGGAAACAUUGAAUUAGAUAAAGAUAAAUAUGAAUUGAAUGUUACAGCUCGUGAUGAUGGCUCUUGUUGUCGUAAUGGUGCCCGUACUAUUCAUACAAGCACAGCUCUUGUCGUUGUUUUCAUCACAGAUGUUAACGAUAAUAAACCCGUAUUUGAAGAAUGUGGCUCAUAUGAACCAAAAGUUGAAGAAGGUGCACCGAGCGGAACACAUGUAAUUACCGUCAAAGCAACCGAUCAAGACAAAGGACAUAAUGGUCAGGUCAGAUAUUCGAUUGUUCAACAACCAAAUCAAAAAGGAACAAAGUUUGUCGUGGAUGAAAUUACUGGUGAAGUCAAGACUAAUAAAGUUUUCGAUCGAGAAGGAGAUGAUGGUCGUUUUGUUUCGGUCACGGUUAAAGCUACCGAUCGUGGCUCCCCUCCAUUGGAAGGUGUUUGCUCUUUCAAGGUCGAAAUCACCGAUAUUAAUGACAAUCCACCUUUGUUUGAUCGACAAGAGUACAAAGAAUAUGUUCGUCAGGAUACAGCAUUGGGUACAAACAUUCUUCGUGUUUCAGCUUCUGAUGAAGACGCUGAUAUGAAUGGUAUCAUCACUUAUAAUCUUACCGCACUAGACCGACAUUCCGAUCUGAGUUAUUUCAACAUAAAUCAUGAAUCUGGUUGGAUUAGCUUGGCCCGUCCGCUUGACGGUGAUCAUUACUCGAUGCGAGCAAUAGCAACCGAUAAUGGUUACCCACAACAUCGAGCAACGGUGGAUAUUUCAAUCGAUGUAGUCGAUCGUGCUAACAAUCCACCUAUUUGGGACAAACCCGAAUAUGGUCCAAUUCGAAUCCCUGAAAAUGUUCCCAUUGGACACAAAGUAAUUUCGAUCAAGGCUCGUUCUGGAAUACCGGACAAUCCGACUGUUUUUUACACGUUAAUGAAAGGUGGUACCGAACAGACUAACAAAAAAGAUACAUUCUAUGUCAUACAAAGCCCCGGCGAAGGUGAUGAAAUAUGGGCCGAUAUUUGUGUCAAUCAACCGCUGGAUUAUGAACGAAUCAAUCAAUACAAUUUAACCGUACGAGUACAAAACAAUGGAGUUCAACAACUUGGAUCCGAAGCUACUGUUCAUAUUUAUCUAAUGGAUGUCAACGAUGAAAUUCCUUUGUUCAUAGAAAAAGAACAGGAAACUGUUCUUGAAGGUAUGCCACCUGGAACCAAAGUCACACAAGUUGAAGCAAUCGAUAAAGAUGGCACACCUCCGUUCAAUAAAGUUUACUAUUCGAUUAUGCCAAAAGGCUCUGAAAGUAAUCCACCAUUCAAAAUUGACCGCGAAACUGGCGAAAUCUUUACCAACAUGGAAUUUGAUCGUGAAGAAAAACAAGCUUAUGCUAUUCUUGUUAAAGCUGAAGAUGGUGCACCGUCAGCUCGACCAAACAUGAAAAACAAUGAACCAAAUUAUGUUACCAAAUAUAUUCGUAUUGCUAUUGGUGACAAAAACGAUAAUCCACCAUAUUUUGAUCAAGCUCUUUAUGAUGCUGAAGUGAAUGAAGAUGAAGAUAUUCAUCAUACGGUCAUCACUGUUACUGCCAAAGACAAAGAUGAAUCUUCAAAGAUUCGAUAUGAAAUUACUCGUGGUAAUCAUGGUGGCGCUUUUGCAGUGAAAAAUGAAACUGGUGCUAUUUAUGUUGCUGGUCCAUUAGAUUAUGAAUCGCGAAAAGAGUACAAACUACGUUUGGUUGCAUCAGAUAAUCUCAAUGAAAAUUUCACUCACGUAGUCAUCCAUGUAAAUGAUGUCAACGAUAAUCCACCGAUAUUCGAUCGGCCAACAUAUGAAACACAGAUCACCGAAGAGGAUGAUCGAAUGCUACCUAAACGAGUGUUACAGGUCACUGCAACGGAUGGUGAUCGAGAUCGUCCUCAAGCCAUUGUAUAUUUUUUGACUGGCCAAGGUAUCGAUGACAAGAAUCCUCGUAACAGCAAAUUCUCUAUAAAUUCAACAACUGGUGAAAUCUACGUGCUAAAACCGCUGGAUCGUGAUUUACCAACUGGUCGUUCACAAUGGCGUUUUACUGUAUUCGCAGAAGAUGAAGGUGGUAACGGUUUAGUCGGUUAUGCUGAUGUGUUAGUCAACUUACGAGACAUUAAUGAUAAUGCUCCAUUCUUUCCACAAUCACGAUAUGAAGGCAACGUUACCGAAAAUGGCACCGCUGAUAUGACAGUUAUGACCAUGACUGCUGUCGAUUAUGAUGAUCCUAAUGAAGGUUCAAACGCUCGACUUAAAUAUGCUAUUGAACAAAAUCCUGUUAACGAACGUGGAGAAUUAAUUUUUAAAAUUGAUGAAGAUACCGGUACAAUCUCGACUUUGGUUUGUUGUUUGGAUCGUGAACAAAAUCCGGAAUAUGUAAUAAAAGUGGUCGCUACUGAUGGUGGUGGACUGAAAGGUACAGGUUCGGCUACGAUAAAAAUACGUGACAUCAAUGAUAUGCCCCCUGAGUUUACCAAAAAAGAAUGGAGUGUAGAAGUUGAUGAAACUGAUGGUGAAAUGCUGCCAGAAAAUCCUAUCCUCGUAGUUUCUGUCAACGAUCAAGAUUUACUCGAGACCAAUCGAUUUAGUUAUCGAGUUUUGGAAAAUUCAGUUGGUGCUGACAAAUUUACAAUGGUUACCAAUUCUGAUGGUACUGGUUCGUUGAAAGUGGCGAAACCACUCGACUAUGAAGAUUAUCAACAGCGUUAUGGCUUCAAUAUAACCAUACAAGUUAGUGAUAGUGGUGAAAGCUCUGAAUCGUAUCAUGUUGAUUAUGCCAAAGUUUACAUCCGACUUCGUGAUAUUAAUGAUAAUAAGCCUGAAUUCAAAGAAACAAAUUUAGAUGUAACUGUGCAAGAAGAUGCUAAUAUAGGCACUCCAUUAGCAACAUUUGUUGCUCAUGAUGCUGAUCAAGGUGGAAAAUCACGUGUCAGCUAUGCCAUUGAUCGAUCAUCUGAUAAAAAGCGUCAAUUUACUAUCGGACAAGAUGGUGUGGUCAAAACACAACGUAUGUUAGAUCGUGAAGAUACUCCACGUCAUCAUGUUAAAAUUUUGGCCAUCGAUGAUGGUAUCCCGGCCCGUACAGCUACAACUACAUUGACAGUUAUUGUCGUUGACGUUAAUGAUAAUGCGCCUAGAUUUCUCAAAGAUUAUCGACCAGUCAUCAUGGAACAUCAAGGGCCAACUAAAGUUGAAGAAAUUCUCGCUACAGAUGAUGAUGAUCGUUCCAGAAAUAAUGGCCCUCCGUUCACAUUCCGUCUAUCGAAAGAUGCUUCCGAUACGAUCAAAGAAUUUUUCGAUGUUCAUCAAGAUCAUAAAGGUGCCAAUGGUGAUGGUAUGGCUAUCGUAACUUCGAAAAAAGAAUUUGAUCGUGAAAUUCAAAAAGAAUAUCUGGUUCCGAUCGUCAUUAAAGAUAGUGGCUAUCCAUCAAAAUCAGGAACAUCUACAUUAACUGUAAUCAUCGGUGAUAUCAACGAUAAUCGUAUGUAUCCUGGAAGCAAAAACAUCUUCGUAUACAACUUUCUUGGACAAUCACCUCCAACACCGAUUGGUAGAGUUCAUGUGGAAGAUCUUGAUGAUUGGGAUUUGCCAGAUAAAUCAUUCAUCUGGGAUGGUGGUGUUGCUCAUCCAUUGUUUGAUUUGAAUACUGACGAUGGCAUGAUAACAAUGAAAAAUGUAACCAAUGGUGAAUACUUUCUACGAUUUAAUGUUCAUGAUCGUAAACAUACACAAAAUGUCCCGGCCAACGUUACUGUUGUUGUUCGUGAAUUGCCCGAAGAAGCUGUUUAUAAUUCUGGUUCAAUUCGUGUUAGUGGAAUCACUGCUGAAGAUUUUAUUCGAGUUUGGUUUCCACACAAACAAAAACAGGAGAAAAGUAAAUAUGAAAAAUUCAAGGAUGUAUUGGCCCGUAUUCUGAAAGUACAACGCGAAAACCUAGAUGUAUUCAGUGUGAUAACCAGAUCCGAAAGGCCUCCAAUCACUGACAUUCGAUUUUCAGCUCAUGGAUCUCCUUACCUAAAAUCUGUAUUUUUGGAUGGUGCAGUUACAUUGAAUCGAAAAGUUAUUGAACAUCAAGUUGGCAUCAAUAUUACCAUGGUUGGAAUCGAUGAAUGUUUGGUGGAAAAUAUAAAUUGUGAAGGAGCAAGCUGUACCAACGUACUUGAAAUCUAUCCACAGCCAAUAUUUGUCAAUGCUAAUCGUACAUCUUUUGUUGGCGUUAAUGUUGGUGUCCGUCCCAAAUGUUCCUGUGGUCCAAGGGAUUUCGAUGAAACCGAAACAUGUCGUAAAAUGCCACCCCAUUGUUUGAACGGUGGUCGUUGUACUGAUUCAUUGGUUGGAGCAUUAUGUACUUGUCCUCGAGGGUAUUCUGGUCCACGUUGCGAAAUGCCUUCACGUACUUUCCACGGCGAUGGUUGGGCAUGGUAUCCUCCAUUGCAAGUUUGUUCAGAUUCUCAUCUUUCCAUCGAAUUUAUGACCCGAACACCUAGUGGUUUGCUUUUCUACAAUGGUCCAAUGGGCGAACCAAUCGAAGGCGAAUAUAAAAUAACUGAUUUCAUCUCUCUAGAACUUCAACGUGGUAAUCCAAGACUGCUUAUUGAUUUUGGAUCUGGUACAGCCGAGUUAACUGUUCAUCCGAUUGGUGAUUUACAUGAUGGUGAAUGGCAUCGUAUAGAUAUUUUCUGGACUAAGGAAACAGCUCGAAUCCUAGUUGACAACUGUGCUGGUAUUCGAUUCAAUGACGAUGAUUUAAUGAGAGUAGAUCGUUCUCGAUGUGAAAAUAUUACACAAAUUGUUGGAUUUAAUGAAUUUCUCAAUGUAAAUAGUCCUUUGCAAGUUGGCGGUCUAUAUCAGAAACUUUCAUCGGCAGGCAUAUCGCCCUUAUUGGCCAAUGCUAACUACUUUAAUCUUCCCACUAAGAUCGGCUUCAACGGAUGCAUCAGAAAUUUGAUUCAUAACAGUGUUAUGUAUGAUCUUGGUUCUCCUGGUUCGUAUUCUAAUUCAGAACCUGGAUGUCAAAUUUCGGAAGAAUUGUGUAAAGCAAAUUCAAUUUAUGGUCGAUGUUCUAACGGUGAAUGUGUGGCCAGCUUCAAUUCUGCCCGAUGUUUAUGUGAACCUGGUUGGACUGGACCUAACUGUGAUCGUGAAACAAUGUCAAAGAUGUUCCAGACUAACAGUUAUAUCAAAUAUGCCAUUUCUUUUGAUCCGGAUCCUUAUCGAAAUGAAAUUCAACUACAAUUCCGAACACGACAAAAGAAUGGCGAACUAUUUCGAGUAGCCAGCAAACAUUAUCGUGAAUAUUGGAUCCUAGAAAUUAAAGACAAAAAAUUACGAUUCCGUUUCAAUCUGAAUAAUCUUGAAGAACGUGAACUAUGGUUGCCAUUCGUUUCUGUCAGUGAUGGUCAAUGGCAUACCGUCAAAGUUCAACGAUAUGGUUCUACUGCUUCAAUCGUAUUGGAUGGUGGUGGAGGUCGAAGAUCUAAUGAAAUUACCGAAUAUGAAGGAUUACAUCAAUUGUUGUUGGUUGACAAACAAAACGUUAUGGCUGGUGGAUUUGCCCAAAUUGUCGGCCCAUCUCAAUAUAUUGUUGAUUUUGAUUAUGUUGAAGGCUGUAUGGCUGACAUUCGUUUGGACGGUCGACAAUUGCCCAUGGAAAAUGGAUCGGAAAAUGCUUUUGUUGUUGAGGCUCGAAACAUAAUUACUGGUUGUCCUUCUAAUAAUCCAUGUGAAGGAAUACAUUGCAAUCAUCCAUUCGAAUGUAUAGAUCUCUGGAAUUUGCAUGAAUGCAGUUGCCCCACUGGAUUUCAAAUGACGGCAAAUCGUCUUAGUUGUGAAGAUAGAAAUGAAUGUGAAUGGCACCCUUGUGGUCGUGGCGGUAUUUGUUAUAAUAUUCCUCGUGGCGGUGGAUAUUCUUGUGAAUGUCAAUUAGAAGGAUUCCGUUGUGAUAAUUGUAGCUGCGAAGAAGGACCCUUAUUACGUCGAGGCAAAGCAGCUGUUGGAUUAGGAAUGGAUGCUUUGCUCAUAAUUCUCCUUUGUGUCAUCUUUUAUUCAAUUUUGAUUGCUGCCUUUUUGAUUUACAAACGAAGUAAACGACCUCAUCAAAAAUUUGGACACGACGUCGAUGAUGACGUUCGUGAGAAUAUCAUCAGCUAUGAUGACGAAGGCGGUGGAGAGGAUGAUAUGAAUGCCUAUGACAUAACUCCACUUCGUAUACCGAUUGAUCCCACUGGUGCAACGAUACCGGGCAAACCAACGAUGAUCAAAGAUAUGCGUCAUCGCCAAUUCCCACCUGAUGGCCAUCCAGAUGUUGGAGAAUUGAUACGAGAAAAUCUUGAAAAAGCAGACACUGACCCAAACGCACCUCCAUUUGAUGAUCUACGUAACUAUGCAUACGAAGGUUGUGGCAGUACAGCUGGUUCUCUAAGUUCAUUAGCAUCAGCUAUGGAUGAUAAUGAACAGGAUUUUGACUAUCUGAAUCGUUGGGGACCAAGGUUCCAGAAUUUGGCCGUCAUGUAUGUGCAAGGAGAAAGCGAGGAAGAAUAAACCAUGUAAAAAACGAAUGCAAUAGUUAGAAAUCAAAACCAAAAAAAAAAUUUGUGAAUAAUCAUCCAAUCUUAGCUGGUAAAAAAAAAAUCAAAUCAAAAUUCAAUUACCAGUAUCACAGACGAAUCAAAAUUUACAUCUCAUUCUGACGAUCAUUAUAUCAAAAUUUGAAUUUAUGUUUGCUCAAUAUAUACAAAUUAAUGAUCCAUAAUCAACAACAAUCGUGAAAACUGUGUGGACUAAUAUCUUUUUGGAUCGACUUUUAUAAUCUCUUUUGAUCUCAACAAAUAUUAUUGUUUCGGAUUUUGAUUGAUGUCGUGACAAAAACUUCAACUUUACAAACACAUUUCUUUAUAUAACUACCAUACGGAUCAUUGGUCAUAUUCAUUCGAACGACAUUCCAAUUGAUUCUACAUUUUUAAAAAAAAAAAAUUUAGUAUUCAUUUUUAUAUAAUUUUUCUCUCAUUUUCAUUGUUUAUAACAAAUUGAUCUUUUUUUUCUAUCAACUUCAUUAUUAUCAUUGAUGUAAAUGUAAAUGUGCCAACACCAUUGUCGACACACCUGAUUCAUUGAACAGAAAAAUAACGUCUGAACCAGUAUUUCACACACACACACACACACACACACACACAAAUAAUCACAAUUAAUAAUUGUCAGCUUAUUUCUUAUAUAUGUAACAUAAAUUGAUAAUAAUCAUAUACUUGCUUAUUAUUAUUCUUAUUUUUCAGUGA